AUGGCAUCCGCAUCGAGCAGCAGUGCAAAAAAUCUGUUCAGUGACUCGAAGCGACGGCUAGCGGAUCGUGUUGCCGUGAACGUGAACAACGCCUCGUCAGUGGCUCGUCAAAUAGUGCGUGGAUCCAAAUCGAACGAAAUACUCAUGCAGGCCGCCAAAAACUUUGCCUACCACGAAAGCACGGUCGACAACAGCAUACAGAAUCUCAAGAAAAUGGAAAUUAUUUUCCAACAUCUCAACUACCAGUACGAAGCUAUCGAACAGGCGGCAGAAAAGUUGGAAUACGUUGAGGAACAAGUGAAAGCCAUGGAAAGGUGA